UGUAAUAUGGACUGCCCCUGGCCGGAGCAGGAGUGACGCCAUGCAGCCACUACCGGUAAGCAUGUGCUGGGUCUUGGCUGAGCUGGGCUGAGCCCCUGCGGCCGACCACCUGUGUCUCGUCUUUCGUCUCGACUGUAUUUUAGACUGCCCGCCGCACACCCUCCUUUGAACUUGGACACCACGUAGACCCCUCUUGGACAUUGUUUGGAAAUACUGAGCAGCAGCGGAAGCAAAGAAUGGAAGCCCGCAAGACGUUCAGCUCUGCCGCCCGCAACUUCUCCUCGUCUUCGCUCCGCGAACGGCUCUCGAGCAUCCACCUUCCGACACCGCCCAUCCCCGUGACGGCGUUCCCGACGCCAAACAUCGACUUCGUCCCCCGGAGGAUCCCCCGCAAACGGAGGCUACAGACCCUCGCGGUCGCACUAUGGUCGACGACGAUUGUGUGGUGCACAUUUGCAUGGCUCGUGAUGAUGUCGAUACCGCCAUUAUGGCCAGCGCUCGCACUGUAUAUGAUCUGGGCACUGUAUGUCGACCGGAGUCCCGAGCAUGGAGGGCGGCUGAGCCCCUGGUUCCGGUCAGGGAGGUUCUGGCGGUACUUCGCUGACUAUUACCCUGCAUCCCUGUUGAAGACGUGUGAUCUACCUGCAGACAGACCGUAUGUCUUCGGAUAUCAUCCCCAUGGCAUCAUAGGCAUGGGUGCCCUCUGCACAUUUGCGACCGAGAGCACCGGCUUCUCUCAUUUCUACCCGGGCAUCGUCCCGCACCUGCUCACGCUCGCGUCCAACUUCCGUAUGCCGUUCUACCGCGACAUCCUGCUCGCCAUGGGCAUCUGCUCCGUGAGCAAGCAAUCGUGCAGCAACAUCCUCAAGGGUGGACCUGGGCAGGCGAUUACCAUCGUCGUAGGUGGAGCAGCCGAGAGUCUAAGUGCGCGACCAGGGACAGCGGACCUGACGCUGAGGAAACGAUUGGGGUUCAUCAAGAUCGCCAUUCAGCAUGGAGCUGACCUCGUCCCUGUUUUCUCGUUCGGCGAGAAUGACAUCUAUGAACAGAUGCCGAACGACCCGGGCACGUCGGUAUACACACUGCAGAAGAAGUUCCAGAACGUGUUUGGCUUCACGCUACCCCUCUUCCAUGGCAGAGGUUUACUAAAUUACAACCUCGGCUUGCUGCCGUACCGACGACGUAUAGUCGCAGUCAUCGGCCAUCCCAUACAUGUAGAGAAGUGCGAGAAACCGACGCUAGAGGAGAUCACGCACAUCCAGCAAUUGUACAUAGAGGAGCUCAUGAGGAUAUGGCAUACUCAUAAAGACGAGUUCGCGCGGACGCGGAAACGAGAACUCAGCAUAAUCGAGUAGGGGCUUUUCGUGUCUAUAUUGUAUUUUUGCCUUUUGCCCACCCACCAAAUCGCGUGAUGGACCUCACGUCAAACCUUCCUACUCAUCAGUCGGACUCGUCAGGCAUUCGGACGUUGUUUGAGGGCAUACAGGGUACCAGGAAGUAUGACCCGUAUCACACAGGCUGCACACUGGCCACACGGGACGACGCACAGA